AUGAGAAGAACCCCUCUACAGCGACCGCCAUCCUACGCCAAAAGUCGGAUGUCGACCUAUUCCGUCAACUCGAAGUUGUCAGAGCGAGGCUCACGGCCGAUAUCGCAGGCUUUUCCAAUCUUUCAUUCUAGUCUACCUUACUCUCUCGUCCGUGACUUCGCCUACCCAGUCGCCCACCCUUGUCACUAUGGGCCACCACCCACACCGUCCGAGCCUGCAUCUGGGAGUUCGACACCGGCGAGUGAUCGGCAUCGGAGACUGUCGGAUCCUGCAGGUACUGCGUGGGAUGGUGGUGGUGCAUGGGGGGGAGGAGAGAGUUAUUUUGCAGGGCCGCCAUUACCGCAGAUGGCGUAUCGAGAUGGACCUCCCUAUAGCGAAGAUGAAGACCUACAUAGCCCUGUUGUCAAGAGUUCAAGGAGUCGAAAAAGCAAAGGCGGCAAGGAAGGUUCUGAACAGGCUGAUCGCCACGAGCGGAGAAGCUUCCUAACCGGCAUCAGUGAGGAUAGCACUAAAACUUCCUACUAUCGAGAUGAAGAUGAAAGCGCAGAUGGUCCUGGAGGUGAAUUGAUUCCUGACCCUCCGGAUGGUCCGCGGGAGUCUACGCUAGCACCAAAUAGAUAUCGGCAACAAGUAUCGCAGCCCCAGCAAGGCAGGCUCAACCAAGCUUUUGGAUUUGGUGAAGUUGACGACUCAGAAGAGGACAGCUUAGGUAUACCAGAACGUAAUGAUUCGCGGUACUCGCGGGACUACCAGUUCACGAUCGCCUCUCCAGAUGAGGAGAUGCAUGGCAAAGCCGUGGCCUUGUUCGAUUUUGAACGAGAAAAUGAGAACGAGCUACCUCUUGCCGAAGGACAGAUUAUCUGGGUCUCUUAUCGUCACGGCCAGGGCUGGCUGGUGGGAGAAGAUCCCAAGACGGGCGACGCCGGCCUCGUACCAGAGGAGUACGUCCGUUUGUUACGAGACAUAGAAGGGGGCCUUGGUUCCCUCAGCAUCGAGGGUGGUCCUGAGGAAAGCGAAGAAGGCUCGCCUGAGAAUCGCUCUCCUACGAAGCCUGAACAUAUCCCAGUACACUCGCCACAUAGUAGCGGCGGUGGUGGUCACAAUGAAAAGAAUGCUGCCGUUGUCAGCUCAUUUUCUACAUCCAGUAAAGAUCUCGACCCUUAUCCACAUCAUCUCUUGGGACAACAGACCGGCCAGAUGCCACCGCAAGUAGCACACUACAGCAGCCAGUCAAAUACGCCGACGGUGAGAAGUCCCUCGGGUGGUGGGCAAGGGGCAAAGAACUUCGACUUUGUCAAAGGGUCUUCCACAGAGUCGAGAAGCAAGUCCGAGGUGAAAACUGAAAAGCAGGAGCGAUAA